AUGGCUCAUACUUUGGAAGAGUUUGAGAGGAUCCUGAAUUGCUCUAUCAAAUGUCAUAACCCAUUCCCAAAGAUUGAAGAAGACUUCAUUAUGCCCAAGUUAUCAACAGUGUUUGGAAUUGAUGUAGGCGAACUAGCCGACAGUUGGGCUCUAAAAGGGGUUGACAAAGGAAUCACGAGGAAGUUUUUGGAAGGUCAUUCCUGGAAAUUUGCUAAAGAAAAGAAAUGGGAAUCUUGUAUUAUGGUCUUGGAAUUAUUGAUCUAUGGGAUUGUCCUAUUCCCAAACAUCGACAACUUUAUAGAUCGUUCAGCAAUAGAGGUUUUCUUAUCUGGCAACCCAGUGUCAUUCCUCUUGGUAGACUUCUACCACACUUUCCAUACUCGCCACGAGAAGAAGGGUGGAACUUUCAUGUGUUAUGAUAUGUUGUUUCAUAUGUGGAUGAAAGCUCAUAUGCCGCAAAAGGGUCCUUUUGUAUCCAAAGAUCUCCCAUGGUGUCAAAAAUUUGCAUCACUCUUUGCCAGUACUAUCCAGUGGUACAAAAGGGAGUGGGAAACCCAAGACAUCGUCCUCAGAUAUGGAGGAUUUCCAAACGCACCCUUGGUAGGUACACAUGGGUGUAUCAACUACAAUCAUGUGUUAUGCAUGAGGCAAUUUGGACAUGCAAUGAAUGGUCCUCCUAGAGAUGAAGACUUGGUUCCUUUUAUCGUCAAUGGUGUUUAUCCUCUUAAACCUACUGUGAGGAAAGUGAGAAAAGCAUGGACAAAGAUUGUCAUAAGCGGUCCAAAGCUUGGGAAGAAGAAUGUCAUCGCCAAAGAGUCGUAUAUGCAAUGGGCAAAAGAAAGAGCCCGAAUAGUCAAGAUCCCUCUCAACUUUGAAUCCUCAUGUCUCCCUAAAGUACCAGGACCCAAGCCAAUCUUACAAGAAGACGUUGAUAAACUUACUAGUAAGGUUAGCGAACUUGAACUAGAGAACACUCUCUUGCGACUCCAGCUCAUCAAGGAGAAGCAAAAAGGUGAUGACUUGGAAGACAAAGGCAAGGAUUUCCCCGACAUGAUGAAAGAGGCUGAUCUGAUCAUAUAUCCAGAUAACACUUCUCACAAAGUCUACAACUUUGUGAAGUUCUGCAAGAAGACUAUGAUCGAGCUAAUUACAGAUGUUGAAGCUCUUCGCAAGUCUCAAUGGGUCACAUUCCAAGUCAAUUUGUAG